UUUGUGCCAGUGUGAGGAGCUGUAGUGGAACGGGAGCAGAACGGGUUUGCCUGCUAACUAAGUUUCCCUACAAGGCUCAGUGACACCUGCUGCUGCUCUGUUAGUUCAGUGGAGAGGACAGGGUGCUCGCUGUUGACUCGACACAGAGACAAGGAAGAGCCAGAGAUGGCUGCAACUACCGCUCAGCCUAUGGGGAGCUUGCCCAGCGGGCUGGGUAUAUGCACCACGGCCCCAGAUAUAUUUUACCUGCCUGAACUGGUGUUUGGUGGUUUAGUGUGGAUUCUGGUGGCAUCGACCCAUGUCCAGCCUCCGAACCCUCUGGGCUGGGUGAUGUUUGUCUCCGUCUUCUGCUUCGUCAUGACGUUCCUCUGGUUGAUCAUCUUCGCUGCUGGAGCGCAUAAAAACAGCCCUGGCUGGGCUGCUGUUGAUUUUGCUUACCAUGGCCUGGCUGUGUUGUUCUACCUCAGUGCGGGGGUGGAUUUGGCUUACAUCACCUUAAUGAAGAAAUCAGGCGAAUUAAGAAUCUACCAGAUUGACAUCGCUGCUGUGGUGUUCGCCUUCUUGGCCACACUCCUCUACUUCAUCCACACAAUCCUCUCCUCUAUCCGAUGGAAAACCUUCUGAAACGCGAUGCUGACACACAGCCCUGGGUUUCCAAGAAGUACUAUGCAUCCUGUGUGUGUGUGUUUAUGCCAUAAAACAUUUAAGUGCCCAUAUUAUGCUCAUGGGGUUUUUCCCUUUCCUUUAUUGUUUUACAUAUCUUUUUUUCGUUCACAAACUGCUCCAAACCGCUCUAUUGUAGUCCAGCCUUCACUUUUGUGAUGAACGUGCUUCACUGUAACACACGUUACAAUGCUCGCCUAGCUGCUAGCAUGGCACGCCCUCAUACUCUGCUUCUGACUGGCUAGUAGUCCUUACCUAGCUACUGCACACGUGCGACUCCCAACAAAGACGGAACAGACGUGAGAUGCCUCACUUUGUAGCUAAAACAGACACAGGCUCAACACAGGAUGAAAAGAGGAGCUGCAGCAAUGUGCAGGAACAAAUAUACAUUUAAACUUCUAAAUACAAUUAUGAACCACUGUUCAUUUAUUACAUAAGACAAGGGAUCAUGUUUAUUAUCCUUUAAGAGAACCACGAAACAUGUUGUAACUGUUAUUGUCUGUGGAUUCUUUUUACUUGGAAAGGACCCUUGCUUCCAGUCUUAAAUAGAUUAAGUUUAAAACCUUUUUGCAUUGUUUGGAUAGAAAAAUUAACCAGUAUGUUCUUAAAGCCAAACAGUUGCCUGUUGCUGCCAUCGGAGCCAUCUCUUUUGUCUUUGUGAUCAAUCAGACUAACGGACGUUUCUCUGUUGUAACUAUGAAGAGUUGACAAAAUCUGUAAAGUAAUCACUGAUUUUAAGGUUUAGUAGAAGUACUGCCAGUUAUGCUGUCAUUGUCAUAUACAAUUAGUGCCAACCAAUCAUCAGUAGGUUACUUAAAGGACGGCAAAAUGCCUUUUUUAGCUGUAGGGCCAAAAUGUGUCUAGUUUUGCCAUUUUUAUGUUCUGAAGAUUAAAACAUGAUAUAGAUGUAAACUGAU